AUGACAGAGGCACCGGCCGAUCCCUCCAGGCCCGCCCCUACACUCUUGGGCCUUCCCCCUGAAAUCCGCCGCAUCAUAUACACCCACCUUCUUGUUACCGCUGAUCCGCUGGGCAUCGCUCCCGCCCCCAUACCCGCCCCAUCUACACCUCCCCCGACUCCCACUAGCACCACCUCCACCCCCCAUCCCACCAUUCGACCCUUCCAACUCUCCUCCCAACUCCUCCGCGUCUCCCGCCUGACCCACACCGAAGCCCUGCCCAUCCUCUACUCCAACACCUUCGACCUCGCCUCCCGCUCCGCCCUACACCUCCUCACCCACGCCAUCCCCGCCAGCAACUUCGCCCUCAUCACCGCCCUCACCCUAGACUGGGAUUCACUGCAAGACUUCUCCUUCCAGCUCGCCAAGCCCGAUUUCCUCGCCUGCCUCCGCUCCCUGCGCACCAUCGACCUGAGCAAUUGGCGCUCCCGCGUCCACGCCGCCUCCUCGCCCUUCCUGUGGCGCGACGUCCGCGCCUACGAGCGCUCCCUCUGCAUCGCCUCCCAAGCCAUCGUCACCAAGACCCCGUGCCUCCGCGUCGUCGCCGAGCGCCGCUACGCCCCGCCGCGCAUGGGCCGAGGCGCGCUGGUACGCCUGCAGAACUUGGAGCGCGCGAAGCGGGGGAGGCAGCAGCAGCAGCUUCUGCUCGCCGCCGAAACCGGUUCGGGUUCCGCCUCCGCGGAGGCGGCGUUGGCACGGGGCUUCGGUUUCGAUGCCUCUGGGAUAGACGUGACGGAGACGACCAAGCAAGGCACGAUGGGCCAACCACCGACGACGACGCGGAUCAAGUGGCGGUUCCUUGAGACGCAGGCGCAGAUGUGGAAGGAGGAGGUGCGGGUGGAUAUUGACGCGGAGGUGGAGCUGUUGACGGCCAGAGGGAGCGCGGAGGAGGAGCAAGGAGCGAGGCAGAUGGCGCUGGACCCGAGCUGA